AUGCCACGAUCCUUUCUGGUGAAGAAACAUCUCAGCCACAAGAAGCCAAACUAUGGUAUGCUGGAUUUAAAGAAACACGAUCCUGACAUGUCCCCAACCAAUACGGAGUCAACACAUGCUAUGCCUAACACUUUGCAUCCUUUGGAGAGAAGGCUGCCGGGCCCAUGUCUCAUGGCCUCAGCGCUGAACUCCUCACUGGAGAGUAAACCCAUCCAUCCUCCUGUGGUCUACACGCAACCUCCACAGCACAACAGCCUGCCUCUGGAGAGUUCAGUGCAGGGACACACUUACCAAAACGCUUUCAGAGACUCCCAUCCUGUCCACAGUUUACAGGAUUCUGUAAAACUACAAUCUUUGAAACACUCUCAAGAUCUUAGACUUUUAGAAGGGAGAGGAGUCCCCACCGUCCCUCUACCCUUGCUUGGCUUGGCUGCUGCUGGAAGCGGCCAGGAGCGUUUUGAGUGCUUCGACUGCCGCAAAGCCUAUUUCACCUUCUCUGGUCUGGCAAAGCACAAGCAGCUGCAUUGCGAGUGGCAGUGUCUCAAGUACUUCAGCUGCAAGUACUGUGACAAGGAGUAUGUUAGUCUUGGUGCCCUGAAAAUGCACAUCAGGACACACACACUACCCUGUGUUUGCAAGCUCUGUGGGAAGGCCUUCUCCAGGCCCUGGCUGCUACAGGGGCAUAUCCGGACACACACAGGAGAGAAGCCCUUUUCCUGCUCUCAGUGUAGCCGAGCAUUUGCCGACCGGUCCAACCUACGGGCACACUUACAGACACAUUCUGACAUCAAGAAGUACCAGUGCAAAAGCUGCUCUAAAACCUUCUCCAGGAUAUCUCUGCUGUCCAAGCAUGAGGAGGCUGGCUGCUGCCCCAUGUCCUGA